CCGAUCCAUUUAGAUGAAUUUGGAUUAUAUGGUUUUCACAACCAGUUAUAAUAUUUGAUUUUCGCCAUUUUCUAGAAACCACACGCCGUGUGCUGCCGCAUUCGGUUUUUUCAGGUAGCCGUCAGCCACCGCCGCCACUUCACCGGAGCACCAACAAAGCAGCCCCUCAUCCGUCACACCACUGGUAUGUUGCAUCGUCUUUUCAAUUUCCCUUCUCCCAUUCGUUUUUCCCUCUUCAAAAAACCAUUCUCCACAGCACUUUCACUCUCUUCCUCACAUACCCAUUUCACAAAACCCUCAAAAAUCUCAUCUUUUCACCCAAACACCUCCCAAGUCCUCCAAAAAUUCAACCUUUAUCAAAACAACCCUUCUCUUGCACUCUCUUACUUCACUCACCUCAACCAAAACGGUUUCUCUCACAACAUUCAAACCUAUGCUUCCUUCAUAAGAAUUCUAUGUUAUUGGAAUUUGAAUAGAAAGUUGGAUUCUUUGUUCAUUGAUAUCAUUGCUCAUUCCAAACAAAACCCAUUAUUUCAAAUUCAUAAUUUGUUUGAAUCACUCUUUGAAAAUGUUGAUGUUGAGAAUAAAAAUCAUUACUUGUUUAGAGCUUUUCACGUGUUUGUUAAAGCUUGUGUUUCUCUUAACAUGUUUGAUGAAGCUAUUGAUUUCUUGUUUCACUUUCAAAUUAAGAAGUUUAGGGUUCUUCCAAGUGUAUUUAGUUUUAACUUUCUUAUCAACCGUUUGGUUAUGUGUAAUGAAGUUUAUAUGGCUUUAGGGGUUUAUAGUGAAAUCAAGAGGCUUGGUUUGUGUCCUAACCAUCAUACUUAUGCUAUUAUCAUUAAGGGGUUGUGUAAGAAAGGCGAUGAUUUGAUUCACGCGUCUCGUGUUUUUGAUGAAAUGGUGGAGGCCGGGGUGACUCCGAAUUCGUAUUGUUACGCGGCUUUUAUUGAGGGGUUGUGUAACAAUCGGAUGUCUGAUUUGGGAUAUGAGGUGCUUCAAGAACGCAGAAAGAGUAAUGCUCCUAUAGAGGCUUAUGCGUAUGCUGCGGUUAUUCGUGGGUUUUGUAAUGAAAUGAAGUUAGAUAAAGCCGAGAGUGUGUUUUUCGAUAUGGAAUGGCAGGGACUUGUUCCUGAUUUUCAUGUUUAUUCUUUGUUGAUCCGUGAAUACUGUAAGAUCGGUGAUUUGCAGAAAGCGGAAGUUUUAUACGACGACAUGAUUUCAAAGGGUAUAAAGACAAAUUGUGUGAUUGCUAGUUGUAUUCUUCAUUGCAUGAGUGGGUUGGGUAUGGAUUCGAGAGUUGUAGAUAGAUUUAAAGAGUUAAAGCAUUCGGGUGUGUUUCUUGACGGGGUCGCUUACAAUAUCGUAUUUGAUUCUUUGUGUAAAUUGGGUAAGGUGGACGAUGCGGUAGGUAUGCUGGAGGAGUUGAAAUCUAUGCGUAUCGAUUUAGAUAUCAAACACUACACGACCUUUAUUAAUGGUUAUUGUCUUCAAGGUAAACCCGAUGUAGCGUGUAGUAUUUUCAAAGAAAUGGAAGAAAACGGAUUUAAAGCCGAUGUUGUUGCUUAUAAUGUUCUAGCCGCCGGUUUGUUUAGAAAUCGUCAUGCUUGUGAGGCGAUCGAGCUUUUGAAUUGUAUGGAUAAUCAAGGUGUGGAGCCGAACAAUACUACGCAUAAGAUUAUCAUUGAAGGUUUGUGUUCAGCAGGCAAGGUUGAAGAAGCCGAGGCAUAUUUUAACGUUCUGAAAGUUAAAAGCGUCGAAAUCUAUUCUUCCAUGGUUAAUGGUUAUUGUGAAGCCGGUCUUAUUGAAAAAUCAUGCGAACUUUUCUGCGAGAUUUCAAACGAAAGAGAUAUUUCAGAAGAAAGUUGCGGUUUUAAGAAACUUAGCAAAGUAAUGUAUUCUAAAGUAUUAGCUGCGUUGUGCCGGGAAGGGAAUAUAGAACAUGCUCGCUCGUUGUUUGAUUUUUUCCUCGAGAGAGGAUUUACGCCCGACGUUGUAACUUACACAAUUAUGAUAAAAAGUUAUUGUAGAUUGAAUUGCUUGCAAGAGGCUCAUGAUCUCUUCUGGGAUAUGAAGAGCAGAGGGAUAAAACCGGAUGUAAUCACCUACACGGUUUUACUCGACGGGAAGUUCAAACAAGUGAAUUUAAAAAGGUGUUUCUCUGCUCAACACAAAAAAGGAAGCGAUGCAACGUACGGUGUUUCGACUAUCUUGACAGACAUGGAGCAAACGAAAGUAAGUCCGGAUGUGGUUACUUACACUGUUUUGAUUGACGGAUAUGUAAAAGUCGAUAACUUUCAAGAAGCGAUUAGAUUCUUCAAUGAAAUUAUUGAGAUGAGACUAGAACCGGAUAAUGUAACUUACACUGCUCUACUUUCUGGCUUGUUAAACCGCGGGCACACGGAGAAAGCUGCUAUAUUGUAUAAUGAAAUGUCUUCCAAGGGAAUGAAGCCGCCAUUGCCUAUAAUCUCGAAGUUAAAACGUCAAGUUAUAAAAGCUAGAAAGGUGCAAUUUCGAAAGUAGUUAGUCGGUUUUGACUGUUGGUGCUUGGAGUUAUACCAACAAGUUUGAAAUUCUAUCUGGUUGAUACCUAAAAGUGCAGAAGCAUCAAGAGAGGAAUGCUACUAGCAAUGUUGUCAAUCGCGGGGAAAUAUCGGUUUGUUCAAAUUCCACUAUGCUAUAGCGCCACUAUUUGACAACACUGGCUAUGCAAUUCAAAGAAUCUACAGAGAUAAAAAAAGCUAUAGCGCCACUAUUUUUUCAGUGUGCAGUUCUGGUGUAAGAGUAGAAGAACCGGUUAACAAACGAGUUCUUCUUCGGUGAACGAGGAAAAUCAAUCAUCUGGCUAUGCAAUUCAAAGAAUCUACAGAGAUAAAAAAGCUAGAAGCAAUCAAUGAGUCUGUAAUGUUUGAUCACGAUGUUGCUCGGUAUGUAAUAUCUUGGUUUUUUUUCAGUUGAGAAAAUAGUCCAAAUCAAAUCGAAUGAUAUUUUGCUACUAA